GUUUCACAGUGAAUUUACAUCACUUAUUUUCCCCUCCGAGAGGAUGAUUUAAUCGUCGAAAAAUUUAUUCCCACUUGUGAUUCGCGAAGCACCCAUUAACCAUCAUGUGAAUGACAAUUUUGAAGCGUUCACAAACCCAGAAAUCUCCAAAACUUCGGAGAUUUCAACGCCCGAGACGUGAAUGAACCUGUCGCAAUGAUCCGCUCAUUACUUAUUGGUGACGUUAUAAUCCAAAUAAUUCAGCAAAAUAAUUGUGGUGUGAUUGAUACAAUCCCGAGGAACUUGCAAUGCUCAACGUUCUAAAAAUCGAGACGUUCAGGUCUUUGGCAUUCAGCACAGAGCGAGCUUUCACUUGAUCCAGUCAACAGUGACUUAAAAGAACGGUGGAAAAAAGGCGAACAAAAUACACGUGAAAAAAUGAGCACGACCAAGUCACCUGCUAGAACAUUACUGAACCGUAUAAUAAAUAAUUGAAGCAGUUUUUUUUACCCAAUUAAUUAGUGAAACAGUGGGGGAAACAGUUUUAAAAAACCGUUCCAAUUCGACAAAUGUAGUGCAAUGUUCGUAGGAUGGAUUGUCGUUGUGACGGUGUCUUGUCUUAUUCUAGGCAUCCAUGGCCAGUUCAGCGAGAAUACUCCCCCCAUAAUGUACUUGGAUAGAAAUUGGGUGCUAGAUGAUACAGAACCUGUUGGUAGCAUUGUAGAGAGAGUGCGGGCUGAGGACAAUGAACAGGGAGAGUUGACUUAUGGUCUAGAACAGGUCAAUCACAACUACAAUGGAGACAGUGGUCCUCAGGCCCCACUGCCCUUCUCCAUUAACAACGAGACUGGGACGAUUUUCAUCAAUGAGACAUUGAAGGGGAGGGGAGGACAGAAUUUAUUUCUCUAUGUCACCGUCUCUGACGGCCAAUUGACUGCCAAGACAGAGGUUUACGUUAAUAUCAAAGAUUCGUCAGCACCGAAUGUCGGGCUACCAGGUCGCAUUCGCCCACCCAUAAUGGGUCUACCGAAUAUCCACGUACCGCGUCCGAUCCCAUCUGAAAUGUCCACUGGCUUCAGAAGUGAUGAGAAAACAACAAAACUCCGCCCAGAGACAAGCCACUCCGUGGACGAUCACAAGGCAAUUUCGGUAACAGUUCCACCAGUGCGAGCACCGAUUCACGAGCUCACGCACAAUGAAAUUGGGCGAGAGACAGCGGUCAUCGGUGCUAAAGUGUCAUCGAAAGAGAGCCCAGCUACUCAGGACUUCGCGAUGACUCUGGUGCCAGUUAUUGCUGGUUGUGCCCUAUUAUUGAGCGUUGGUACCGGCAUUUGGACGCUCAGGGGGAAGGUCUGCGGAUCGCCGAAGACGAAGGAAGAUACUAAGGAGCAAACAGUUCGUGUUUCUACAAUUUCCGAUGAUCCAUCAUUGGUUCUGAAACACUGGCAGAGUCCGAAGUUUCGGAACAAUAAGCUCAAGGAUUUCGAUAAAGAUCACAUAUCGGAUAAAAAACAGCUGGAUGAUUCAUGGGAAUUCCCAAGACACAGGCUGAAGGUCUUCAGUAUUCUUGGUGAAGGGUGUUUCGGUCAAGUGUGGAAAAGUGAAGCAAUAGAUAUCGAUGGUAAACCAGGGCCAACAAUCGUCGCUGUAAAAACCCUCAAAGAAAAUGCAACAGAACGUGAACAUCUCGAUCUUACACAAGAGUUGAAAGUCAUGAAGAGUCUGGAACCCCAUCCAAAUGUCGUGAGACUGAUUGGAUGUUGUACAGAGCGUGAACCAAUUUUUGUUAUUCUGGAGUAUGUGAGUGGGGGGAAGCUGCAGAGUUUUCUAAGAGCAUCGAGGGAGGAGAGGAAUCAUGGGGGUCCUGGGCUGACAUCCAGGGACUUGACUGGUUUUGUGUAUCAGGUUGCAAAAGGUAUGGAAUAUCUAGCAUCAAAAGGAAUAAUCCACCGAGACCUAGCAGCCCGAAAUGUCUUGAUAGAUGACAAUCGUGCUUGUAAAGUCGCAGACUUUGGUUUCGCCAGAGACGUAGCUGCUAAUCAGAUUUAUGAGAGGAAGUCAGAGGGUCGUUUACCCAUCAGGUGGAUGGCACCUGAGAGUUUGUACGAUAACAUAUUCUCCGUCAAAUCUGAUAUUUGGAGUUUUGGUGUGUUGAUAUGGGAGAUAGUCACAUUGGGAUCAACACCGUACCCCGGAAUGGCAGCCGCAGAGGUCAUGAGGAAAAUCAAGGAAGGCUACAGAUUGGACAGGCCCGAGCACUGCAAGCGAGAGCUAUACAACAUUAUGUACUACUGUUGGGAUAAGGACCCCUCCUGUCGCCCAUCAUUCAGUGAACUCGUGGGACUAGCCGAAGGACUCCUCCUCGAUGAAAUUGAUUACAUCGAGUUGGAUAGAUUUCCAGAUCACUCUUACUACAAUGUUCUGAAUCUCAGUGGCGAAAAACUAUAGCAUUGGUCCCCUCCUCUGUUGUAAAUGUCCUGUGUUGUAAAUGUUCUUUGCUUUAUUUAACCGCUCAUAUUUCAAAUGUUGAUCUAUGGGAGUUACUUGAACCUUCCAGGGAUACCACAUCCGUCCUACGACUUCAUGUCAUUACUCAUGAUUUUGUGUAUAUUAUGAAUGUUUACCUGCCGACAUUAUCCUGAGAGAGAGUUGGAGCAAGGCAGUUGCUUCCGACGUCCUGUUAGUGUUCUUGUUGUUCGAUAAUUUUUUUAUUUAUUAAUCGAUAGUGAUGUUUACUGUAUUGUGUUUAAGAUCCAGUGAUUAAAGUUUUUAUUUGAUUUUGAGAA